CGAGAAGAGGAUGUGAGAAAAAGUGUAAGCAAGGCAUCGACCUGAGUAUAUAAGACCUGAGUCUUGACAAAAGGGCUUUUGAAAAAAAAUAGCUAUAACAUUUCAUUAAUCUUUGUAAUGUUAGAUUUUGUUUAGAUACAGAAAAAAAACCCACUGACUUCAAAACACACCUACAAAACUUCCAGCAGAAUGGCCUUUAACAACACUUUUAUCCUCCUUACUGAUCCUGACGUCUCCAGCACAAAUGAUAAAACCACAGUGGACAUUGAUGCUAUUAUGGAAAACAUCACUAUUGUCUUUUACACAAUCACUGUCCUUUUGGGCACCACUGGAAAUGCUGUGGUCAUCUGGAUGUCUGGAUUCCGUCUCAAAGCUAAUGUUACCUAUGUGUGGCUGGUCAACUUGGCUGUGGCAGACUUAAUUUUUUGCCUCACUCGAUUUAUUUCUUUGAUUAAGAAACUCUUCUAUGAUUAUUGGCCCUUUGGGAUCUUUCUCUGCAAGUUCAAUGGAUUCUUCAAGUAUACCAAUAUGUUCUGCAGUGUAUUCAUCCUUGCUGUCAUUAGUCUGGAUCGGGCACUUUGUGUUUGGAGACCGGUGUUCAUCAGGCAGCGACGAACUCUACAUGCAGCUAGACUCAUCAGUGUUGGGGUUUGGACUGUGGCAGUGAUCUUCAGUGUUCCGUAUUUUGUGUACCGGAAAAUACAUAUAGGCAAGAACAACUUGAGCAAGUGUUCCGUGCAGGUGCCUAAAUCACCUGAAGGAGAAAACAGAGCUGAACUAGCCUUGUACAGCAUUCGCUUCUUGUGUGGAUUUUUGUUGCCCUUCCUCAUCAUCCUAACCUGCUAUCUAUUAGCUGGUUUAGGGAUACGGCGAACACGCAUCCUACACAAAUCACGACCCCUUCGAAUUCUUGUUUGUUUAGUUUGUGCCUUCUUCCUGUGCUGGGCGCCUUACCACUGCCUCCUUUUGGCCAAGAUGGUGGACAGCAAGAGCCAGGCAGUGAAAGUGGGCCUGCCCAUAGCUAAGGGCAUAGCCUACUUCAACAGCUGUGUUAACCCACUUUUGUACUUCUGUAUGGGACUGGACAUGAAGCUGCGCUUUAACCAAAACCUGUCUCGGGUUUAUGCUAGAGUUCUAGCUGAAGACUGGGAGGGGCCGAUCUCACAGUCUAAGAAAUGCACAGUGACAGUGGAUGGCAGUGGAGCUGCAUUUCAAGAGCCAAAGUGAGAGGACAGUACAUGUCUGAGGGAAUGGCUAAUGUUUUUGCGCAAUAAGCAGUUGAGCAAUUGAGUUCCACUGUAAACUUUAGUGAGCGAAAGUUGACAUUAGUCUUUGUUCAGUAUUUUAACAGAUUAAUAUAAAGUAUGUCUAUUAAUAGGUAAGGUGAAUGUUAAGUUGUUAGUAACCAAGAUUACCUAUGGUAUUACAUAUUAUCAAACAUUAAACUAAUAAACCAUCAAUACUGUUAACACAAUAAGUUAACACAUUUGUGUAAUCUAGCAGGAAUAUUGAACCCAUAACACUGAAAUAUACAGGUUAGGUUCAGCAAACCUGAAAUGGACAGCAAGUGCAACUAUAGGUCUCUAUCUGUUCCAUGAUAUAUUAAGAUUACAGGCCAAUCUAAUUACCCUCUUGCUAGUGGUCAUUAUAUUUGAACACUUUUGUUUAUAGGUUAAGUUCUUUGCUUUGCUUUCCACUCCUGUCAGCCAAGAACAAGAAUGAGACUAUCAUGGUCACAGACUCUCCCAAACUGGACAGUUGACCAUUAAAAAAAAAAAAAUCACCUGGUCUUUUUCCAGUCUUCAGCUUUCCAGUUUGGGUGAGUCUAUGCCCAUGAUAGCCUCAUAUUCUUGUUCUUGGCUGACAAGAGUGGAACCAUAUGUGGUAAUCUGCUGUUGUAGCCCAUCCACCUCAAGAUUUAAUGUUAUCUGAUGCUUUUCUGCUCACAAUGCUUAUAAAGAGUACUUUUCGUCACUAGAGUUACUAUAGACUUCCUGUAAGCUCAAACCAGUCUGGUUAUUCUCCUCUGAUCUCUCUAAUCAACAAGGCAUUUCAGCCUGAAGGACCCGCCUUACCUAGGAUGUUUUUUGUUUUUCACACCAUUCUCCAUAAACUCUAGAGACUGCUGUCCAUGAAAAUCCCAGGAGAUCAGCAGUUUCUGAAAUACUCAAACCAGCCCAUCCAAUACCAACAACCACUGACAUAAUUCCUAGUUUUAUUAUGCAAUUCUUCUUUUUUUUCCACCCUAUUUGUUAGUACAAACUUUUAUUUUAUUUAUCUCAGACAUGCAGACAAUGUACAGUCAUAAUAUUAUAAAAUGUAAAAUUGCAUAAAAAAUAUAUAAAUCUGUAAAAUAGAAAUAAAAACAGAACACAUGAAUUGCACCAUGGUAGGCCAUUGACUAGCAUCUGUAAUAAAAAAAAAAGUAUAAAAAUCACAGCAGAAUAGAUAAGACAUAUGAUGACCAGCAUACAAC